GGAAACACUACCACGUUAGUCCACAGGGGCCGCCAAAUUCGACACAAAAUAAAAGUUCCUCGUAGUAGCUUUAAGCAUUUUAAAUCUGACUUAAAUUGCUACCUGCUAUCCACCCAAACAAACCGUCAAACGCUCUGUCCCCAGCAGCAGUAAUCCAUCAGUACUUUUAUGUUGAACAAUCCACUCGUACUUCCUGUCAAAUCUGCUUCUCCUCCAUCGGUUUAAACCCACCAGCCAAACAAAAACCUUCAUCCACAGGUUUACGACAGCAAACAUGAUGUCUUUGUGUACAGCGUAGCUCGAGGAGGUGUCUUGCUGAUACCUUGUGGGACAAAUAAUGGACUUCAUCCUCAGUGGAAAACCUUCGAUUUUUCCUUUUAAGUGAACAAGCAUCAGGGCCUGAUGCAUUCCUCCUGAUCCGACACAACAAAGAUGAAACUUUCAACCCUCGACGUCGUGCAAUUUCACCCGAGGCCACGCCAUCGUGUUUGAGGUCAGAACUGAGAGAACAAGGUUGAGAGAGCAGCAGCUCCCGCCUUACAAACCACCGCUGUCUCGAUCUCGAUGCUUUGACCCGCAUUCCGAAUCACACAAGUUCACGUCAACGCGUUCACUCGUCACCUCUACGCGGCUGCGAUCGGCAGCUUAGCAUGCAUGCGCCUCGUUUUACGUGACGGGGACUGUAACAAUCAUGACGUUUUCACGCUCUGCAGUCGGCUCAAUCACAUCUUUUCUUUUCAUCUGUCUUUUGCACAAAUAGUACGUCAGGUGAAAGAAAAAAGGAAAAAAAAGAGAUAAUCCAAAACCAGGGCUCAGGGCAAUGCAUGCAGUUUGCCCUGCGAUGCUAGCUCCGUUAGCAUUUGACUUGGGAAAAAUAAGAAGUUUCUUUGUGGCCAUUAAUAUAGCAGGUUGUAUGCAGCUGCCCACAGCCACUGCUGCUAGUGCAAGGCUUUGCAACGUAGGCAAAGCUGAGGAAUCCCACUCACUGGAGGAAAAUAGAUCAACUUUUAAACUAAAUAAACACACUUUCUUUUUCUUUUGGGAGGGUUUACACAUAGAAGUAAUGUAUAGGCUUUUUAAGUUGAUUACCGUCCCCUAGCAUAAACAAUGUGGAUGUACAUAAAUGAGGACAGCUAGAUGUAAGCAUAUUUAUUAAAUCAAUGGUUUGAAUGGAUUUUUUUUUUCUCUCUCUCUCUCUCUCUCUCAUUGCGUGUAGUGAGAUUAAUUGUACUUAUUUAUUUAUCUAUUCUGCUGUAAAAUGGAAUCAGCACCAUAUCCUUGUAAUGAUUGAGUGCAGCAAUAGGGAUGAGGGAGGGCGGGGAAUCGGACCAGGGCUCAAUGAAAUAAAAGAUAUUCUGGAAUGAUUUUAAACGAGUGUCUCCGUUAUUUUUUCACUGUGUUUUUAAUGCUACUGCAUGCAGGUUUUAUUUUGAAAGGUUUCCCUGGAAGUACUAGCAAAUUGUCUUGAUCGCUGGUGUGAAAAACUUUGAACCGCUGUCAGAAGAAGUAACCUACGCAGAUUGUUUACCAAUGCCAAAAAUUUGAAAAAUAAACUAAAUUAAACAUACAAGUAUUAUCAGCUAAAUGUACUUACAGCAUCUAAAGUAAAAGUACUCUUUAUUUUAAAUGACAGCCUAUUGUUGUGUAUUCAAUUAUUAGAUAGUUAGUACUGGAGCAUCAGUGCAUAAGUAACAUUUUGGGAGUUUUAAUGACUUUCCUCUUCUUGGUUUUCUUCUUUCUAUUCUGUCUUCUUGACAUUUCAAUAAAUUAGAUGUUUAGGAACCGAACCAAGAGGAUCCAGAUUGCAAACAAGUAACAUUUCCUUUUGCAUUAUCAUAAUUUAUUUUAAAGACCUUAUCUGCUCCUCCUAAUUGGUUUCAGAUGUUCCUGAACACGGAAGUCACUAAAAGAAAUGACACACACUAACUGUAGCAAACCACAGGAAACCCACGAGUUAACCCCAAGGCCAUUUCUCCUCUUCUCUUAUCUUACAAAUUAAACUCUUUCACACACACACACACACACACACACACACACACACACACACACACACACACGUCUCUUUGUUAGGGAAGAUACAUCAUUAUCACACAGGAAGAGGGAGGCCUCAAAGGAGCAGGAGGUUUCUCCACUAACUCAUAUGCUCUGGUAUCCACAGGUCAAGGUACUUUUCUUUGUGUACUCUUUCUCAGGAGCCCUGUCAGACCAGACACCUCCCAUGGUCACACAGCUGCAGAUACUUAAUAGUUAAAGUGAACACACACAAAAUACACAUAGCCUAACAAAACAAAUUUGAGAAAGAUACUACGUCAUUAUUUUGAGAUACUAUAACUAUUUUGAGAUAUUAAAUCAUUAUUUUGAGACGGUUUCUCAUUAUUUUGAGAUACUAAGUCAUUAUUUUGAAAACGUUUGUCAUAAUUUUGAGAUAAGUCAAAAUAUUGAGAAAUAAUUCAUUUUUAAACGCUACCUAAUUUUUUUUAAUUAUAGCUUCUUUUUUUUAUCACUGGCGGAAAUGGGUAUCCAUCGUAAAAAAGACUUCCGUUGAAGACUUUCAAAGUAAAAGAAAAGAGCGGAUUUAAAUCGCAAUCAGCAGCUGACCGACUCUCCAGGUGUGCUCGGUUGCUUAGCAGCGCACAGAGAACAGAGAGGAAACGUUUCAGUAGCUUUAGUCUGACAUUUUAAACUGUUCCUCUCUCUGUCUUUAAGGAAAUAACAUCACACAUUCGAGUUAAACGUGUUAGCAAACAGCUUAAACCUCGAUCAUCGACCACAUUUCAUCCGGAAAUGGGUCCACACAGGUACCGAAGACACCGUGGCACCAAAAGAGACACACCUGUGAAAGCAGCACUGAGCAGACGAGACAAGUGCAGGAGACUUCUGCACAAACAGCAAUAUGAAACACUUCCAGAGGAGCCCGAGGAGGUGGAUGUCCCCGCUGUCGUCCCAGUGUUUACAAGGAUCAAGCCUUUCCACUGCACAUCUGCUCCACGCUGGAGCAACUCGGCGUUUUCCGAAACCCCCCGAGAUGAAGCCUUCACACCGGCCAUGAGAGCUCCCAAAACACCUGUCCACCGAGGGUCAGCUGCAGGUCACCCAACCAGGCAGACGACUCCCGAGCCGGAGGCCUUCAAAUUCAGUGGAAUGACGAACAACUUGACGGUGACUCUGGGAAGCGUCACAGAGUCAGACACAAGUCUCAGCUCUGAUGAGGAGGAGGAGGAGGAGGACUGUUGCUCCUCUGGAACCUCCAGCAGCAGUCUUCCCUCGCCAGAGAUCUUCAGAAGAGACUGCUGUGCGGUACCGUUGACUUCCUUUCAGGAGGAGCUGCUGGGUCUCCAUUUCCACGUGAAGAACUCCACCCUGCUGGAUGUGAGCCACGCUGAGAGCCUCCGCAAGCAUCACUCACCCAACGUUUCUGACAUCAUCGAUGCCUCUGUGAUUCUUGCUGAAAAGAACUGUGAGGUCAAAGGACCUGAAGCUGAGACCAAAAUACAUGCAGACCCAUUUAAAUCAGAGACAACAUUCGAGUGGAAAACACCACCAAAACUCAGCAACAGAAAGCCCAUUCUGUACAAGAAGAAGGUUUGGUUCAAAAUCCCCAUCAUGGCUGAGCCCCUCGGACCACAACACACCCAAACCCCCACAUUAUCCGUCCACGACGCACCUGAUCCGGUCCACGUGUCCGGAGGUGAAGAGGUCAGCUCUUCGGAAGACGCCCUACGGCUGACGGUGACGUUGACGCGGCCCGUCACAAGCAGCCCGGACGACGUCACGUUCUUCGACUUCAACGACGCCGCUGACCGGGACGCCUUCUUCAUAGGGAUGAGGACGAGGUGUGUGAAACUCACGAGUGCUCCUUUGUUUCCUCUCACGGCUCUCGAGUGCACGGAAUCUUCUCCAAUGUGACACCUGAAGACCAAAAUCCCAUAAUCUAGAUGAGAAGAUGUGAGAUAUCCUGCAAAAAGAAUAUGGAAAAUGAAAUGUGAUGCAUAGAUUAAUCAGUAUUUGAAUGUAUUAUUUAAAGAUUAUAAUUCAGAGGGAUGACAUGCCCUGCUCCUCAAACUAGACCUUGUUUUUUUAAGACAUAACUUGCUGCACAAACGGUGGCAAUGAAAAUGAAAAUGCACUCAAACAAGCCCAGGAUUUCCUUUUUUAUUUUAAUAUUUAUUAUAAAAAACAAGUGUCAAAACGACCACUAGAUGUCAGACGUGUAUUCUCUUAAACAUUCAUCUUUUCUCUCUUCUCCUGUCAGUGAUUGUUUCAAUUUUACAUGUGAAAUAUAUAUGUUGUAUUGUGUUUUAUCUGCGUUUGUAUUUACUCUUUCGACAUUAAGCCCAUGUGUCAAUGCCUUUUAAAUGCCUCAUCUAAAUAUUUAAUGUAAGCUAAAAAAAAAAGUUAAGAUGUAAAGUUUAUUUGUUUUUAUCUUAGUGGUUGUCUUUAUUUGUGAGUUAUCUCGUUCUACAAAACAAAUGUCCAAAAUGAAUUAAUGUUCAAUAAAUAAAUAUAUAAUUAUUGUUGGAUAUUUGUCUGUUUGUUCUGCACAUUCCUGGCUUUUGCACUUUUCUCACGUGGGGUCUUUUCAAAGAGCUUCCUCGGUGUAUUAACUUGUAUGAUUUCUGUGAAUACAUUUCAUGCCGUCACGAUUCACGACAAAACAUCAACACAGCAAAAAAAAAAAAGAAAUCAACUGACCACGUGGUACCCUGGGUCCAAAAAUAACCAGCCAAU